AUGGGGUUUUCUAAAGGGGUUUUCUUGAUUCUUUAUCUUUUCUUGUUUUUCUUUAAUCACAGUUUCUCAAGCUUAGGAUUGAGUUCAAAAGAGCUUUCUGAGAUUCCGAUAAAUUUUCUCAAAUUUGCCAAGAAAUCUGAGGUAUUUGAUUGGAUGGUGGGCAUAAGGAGAAAAUUACACGAGAAUCCUGAACUGGGCUAUGAAGAAUUUGAGACUAGUAAACUUAUCAGAGAAGAAUUGGAUAAGAUGGGGAUUUCUUAUAAAUACCCAGUUGCAGUUACUGGUGUAAUUGGCUCCAUUGGUUCAGGGAAGCCUCCCUUUGUUGCCAUAAGGGCAGAUAUGGAUGCUCUUCCCAUACAGGAAAAGGUGGAGUGGGAUCACAAAAGUAAGAAUCCUGGAAAGAUGCAUGCUUGUGGGCAUGAUGCACAUGUUGCAAUGCUUCUUGGUGCUGCAAAGAUUCUUCAAGAGAAUCACAAACUUAUUAAGGGAACCGUUCUUCUCGUUUUCCAACCGGCAGAGGAAGGAGGUGGAGGAGCAAAGAAAAUGAUAGAUGCUGGAGCUUUAGAGAAUGUUGAAGCCAUCUUUGGGCUCCAUGUAGCUUCUCAUGUGCCGUUGGCUGAAGUUGAAUCUCGAUCUGGCCCUCUUUUGGCUGGUAGUGGUUUUUUUGAAUCUGUAAUAAGUGGAAAAGGGGGCCAUGCAGCCAUUCCUCAGCACUCAAUUGACCCUAUAUUGGCUGCUUCAAAUGUGAUAGUCAGCUUACAGCAUCUUGUCUCUCGGGAAGCUGACCCCCUUGACUCUCAGGUUGUUACUGUGGCUAAAUUUCAAGGAGGCGGUGCAUUUAAUGUCAUUCCUGAUUAUGUAACCAUCGGUGGCACAUUCCGAGCCUUCUCAAAGGAAAGCUUGAUCCAACUUAAGCAGCGAAUAGAGGAGGUAAUUAUGGGACAAGCUGCUGUACAAAGAUGCAAUGCAACUGUUAAUUUUUUCUCGAAUGAGAAACCUUUAUUCCCUCCAAGUGUAAAUGACAAAGACUUGCAUAAACUCUUCCAGAAAGUUGCAGGCAAUAUGUUUGGCUCUGAUGGAGUCAAAGACAUGCAACCCUUAAUGGGUUCUGAGGAUUUUGCGUUUUACCAAGAGGUAAUACCUGGCUACUUCUUCUUCCUAGGAAUGAAAGAUGAAACAAUGAAACAGAACCCAUUACCACAUUCACCAUAUUUUCGAUUAAGCGAAGACGGACUUCCUUAUGGCGCUGCAAUGCACGCUUCAUUGGUCGUUAGGUAUCUUCUUGAAUACCAGAUGGAAAUUCCUGUGGUGACUGUAGAUUCUCAUGACGAACUAUAA